UAGUGACUGCAAUUCUUUGACAGCAAUCGCGGAGUAAAUUUUUCGUAUCGAUUAUAUUGUGGGAGAGAACCCUAUUUCGUAUAUCUUUAUAAUAAUAUUAUGUUAAAUUGCUGAUGUAAUUUGCAAGCACUUCAACGAUUAUUACGAAAAUGGCAAAGAAGGAAACAAAAACUGGGAGAAAGGGCAGAAGGGCUAUAAAGCCUAUGAAAAUCGCUGCUCUAGUCGUCUCAGCUAUACAGGAUCUUCGCGAAACUAAGGGCUCUACACCUAAAAAGAUCGCAGGAUACAUUAGUUACGCUUCAAGCAUACCUGAACAACGAGUUAAACGACAAGUGAAUGCAGCUUUGAAGCGAGGCGUGGAGUAUGGUAUUCUGCGACGAUACCGCGGUCAUUACUUUCUUCCUACUGGCGACGAGUUGGAUCGCGCGAAUCGCAUUGCUGUACGAUUUGCAAAAUUGCCGACACCCGCGCCAACUACAUUCGCCAAGUCUAAAAUCAAGUUUUCCCGGAAGAUGAAGGACAGUAAGAGAUCCCAAGGAAUUGAUAAUAGAACGCGAAAGAGUAAAAAAGUUCAGAAAACCCGCUCCCCCGCUGUCUCAGCCAGUCCGAGUUUGACGGACGAAAUUGCCGGCGAAAUUGCGUCCGUGACUGAGUAAAAUUAUUUAACAGUUUGUACAGCUCCAGAAAAGGAUUUUUUUCGUGUGAUAUGACAUUAAAAUCCUAUUCUGCGUCCUUUUUGUUCUACUGCGUAACGUGCGUCUGUUUGUGGAACUACUAUCAAUUUUUCAUUAAGCAGAGUAUAAAAGUGAUUUAUU